AGCACGGAGGAGAAGCCCUCAGAAGUGUCUUCGCGGGGGACGCCCACGGCUGGCUGGAGCAGGGAGGCAGACGCCCUGCGGGCUCCCCGCGUGCGCACGGCCUUCACCGCGGAGCAGGUCAGCACCCUGGAGAGCGCCUUCCAGCGCCGCCGCUACCUGGGCCCCGCGGAGCGCCGGAGGCUGGCCAGGGACAUGCGGCUCUCGGAGGUCCAGAUAAAAACUUGGUUUCAGAAUCGCCGCAUGAAACACAAGCGUCAGCUGCAGGAUUCCCAGCUGAGCAGCCCCCUCCCGGGAGCGCUCUGCCCGCCCCCCUCCGCCCUCGGCAGUGGCUUGCAGCUUCUGUGCCCUUGGGCAUCCCCGCUGGGGCCUCCCGCUCUGACACAACCCCCUGGCUCCAUCUGGGAUCCCUGCCAAGCGGAGCAAGCCUCCCUGGCCUUGGCGUGGGCCCCGCGCAGCAGACAGCCUCUGAUGCUCUGCCUCCCGGAGCACACGCUGGGCCCAGCCCUGCCCAGGGGACCCUGGGACCAGUGUGCCUUGCCCCAGACCGGGGAUGCCUUUUGAGGAAGUGUGAUAAGCCAGAGGCCUGGGCUGGAGCGGGAGCUGCCCCACCCGGAGCAGGUGCGUGC